UUUCGUUGACGUUUUUUAAAUGUGAAUUUUUUCAGUCUCGAGAAAAUCACCCGUGAUUGAACGUACUGAAAUUUGUUAACCUUUCCUAUAGAGCUCAGUGGUCAAUGCAAUCAAUCCAAUAUGGCCGCCAAAAUGAAAAUCCAGGAUUCUGGUAGUACAAAUGAUUUCAUAGAGGAUAUAUGUAAAGAAUCACGUCAAUUAAAGUAUGAAAUCUCAAGAAUAACAGAAAAGUGUAAGCAAAGGCGAGAUACAGUAGAAAAACAUUGUAGUCAAUGUCGGGAAUUAUUUAAUCCCUGGCCUAGUAAUUUGGUUAAUGAAAUGGGCAGUUGCGACAAUCAAAUUGCUAAAAAUGAUGAUGGAGUGCCUAGUCCUUUCACUGAUGAUGAUAAUGUAAAAGAAAAAGAAGAAUUAGCUAUGUUGGAUGAUAUUUUGGCCAAAGCUCAACAUGCCAGAGAUAUACAACAAAAGAUGACAAAGCCAAACAAGAAAUCCCAUUCCACUUCAAAGAUAUCCAAUGUACCAACAUCUCGCACAAUGGAAACCAAACCAAAAAUCACAUAUCCAAUUGUCAAAAAACCACAGUCAGCCAGGAGUACUUAUUCUGCUUCUUACACAAAACCAGCCAGAGCUAAGACCCUGGGGUCAGGAACUAAAAGGUCAUUAAAUAUAAACAAAGACGUUUUCGCAUCAAGACGACCAGAGAAAGUCCAAACGACAAAACUUGAACCUCCUGAAACAAAAAAGACUAAAGAACGCCUGGGUGAAAUUGGUCCUUCAGGUCUAACUGAAGACACAUCUAGCCGUAAAACACAGCAAAUGGACAUUAAUAAAACAGCUUUGGUAGAUGAUAAGUUUCUAAUUUCGGAGAAGGGGGGAACGUUGACUAUGCCAAUUGAAUUUAAAAAAACGUGUAAAGAACAUAAAGCGUUUCUGCGACGAAUUAGAAAAGCUCUGACAUUGUCACAAACGGAAAGUGAAAGAGAAUUUAUUGGGAAAACUGAGAAGCUAUUUCAUCCCGUUCUGAACAACCUUCAAAGUUUCUUUGAAUUGGGAGAAGAGAUGCUCAGAGUUGAGGAGGAAUAUAAUGGACUUCUUAGCGAAAUAAAGCUAAUUGCACUGCGUAUGCAUUGUGCAAGCGAGUCAUCUGGGAGUUUGGAAGCUUGGAGAGCGACAGACUUAAAAUUUAAACAGUUGAACCAUGACGUUGAAAUUAUCAAGAAAAAUUUAGAUUAUCUCAGCACGUAUUGUCCACUACCUGAUCACAAUGUCGCAUCGUUUGGAGAACAUGAAAUAGUGAAUGGCAAGUUAAACUUCAAAAACGACUUCUCAAAAACAGACGUAGAUGGAUGCUUUUCGUAUCAGGAUAUACAGGAACUGCGAACUCUGAUCAAACUAUCCUAUGACGCUAAGAUCAUGGCUAGUCAAAUCCAGUUAAGAAGAGAGAUUGCGGAGACAAUGUUGCCGUUAUUACGAGAGUGUCCUACAAGUAAUAAAUCAUUCGUUUCUCUGUUUCGUACAAUCUACUCUAUUCUGUGUUGUGAAAGCAAAACCUUCCCAGCUGUGGUUAAAGAUUCCUUGCCCGAGCCUGAGGCCGAGGAUUAAAAGAUUAAAUAUUUUUUAAAUGUCAAUUUGUCAAAUUUAUAUAAAUAUUUCGGUGUUUUGUUGUAAUUCGUAUUAAUCCAGUGCUUUG